UUGCACUUUAGUGCUUUUCGCUUAGACGUACGUAGGCCGCCAUUACUAACUCCGCAAGAGUAGACCUCGGCAGCUUCAAGAAUAGUGAUGGUCCGCCGCAAUGUUUGGGUAGUGUUUUUUUCGCAGGCAGUUCUCACAGUGCCUAUCAUCUCUGGGACUGAUAACCUGCCGCUACUACUCCCAUCAAAACGCUGCCUGUGCCCCAAAGAGGAUUAUAUAUGCGAGGUGACCUCUGGAGUAGGAAUUGUAUGGCGAACAGUUACAAUCAAUGAGACUGGAUUGUCUGUAAUAAACGAUGAGGACACACUUUAUAUUGAAGAAGGUGGCUUCCAAAUACGUUUUGUAAGAAAUCUAGGCAACUUUACAUCAGUUCUACAUGUCAGCAACUUGAAUUUGAAUGAGACUGACAUCACUUGUGAGGGUGUUUACUUUGAUCAAAUCAGUAGACUGAGAUUGACUAACACUACCAAAAUAUGUAUAGCAGGUCCAGCCUCCCCUCCCACUAGUCUGUCAGUGGUGUGGGACCCACCAUCAGCUGUGGUCAGUUUCCAGUCUCCAGUGUAUGGUGGAGAAUGUGCGGACUAUUAUGUGGUCACUGCUAUCAGUGAAGAGAGGACUGUACUGUGUAAUGCCACCAGUCAUGCUAGUGAAAGAAACUGCAGUAUUGAUAUCGGGGAUGGCAAUGUCAAUGACUAUAAUUUCACUGUUCAUGGUGUGACUCGUGUCAAUGAUAGUUUUGUCUACAACGGAGAAACUGCCACUGAUUGCUGUUUACCAUUUCCAGAGAAUGUAAGAGCUGUUGAAGAGGAAUGUGGUCACAUUACUGUCGGCUGGAAGAGCAAUCACGUCAUAGAACCAGUGAACACAACCAUCAGUUGGCGUGGGGUCCACAGCAGUGGAGCCAGGCACUAUGAGAGAGGUAGUUCUGAAGACUCUCAUCUACUGACAUACUUCUCUGAGACUGGACCAGUGGAAAUUGCUGUGACAUUCUCUAGUGCUGUCUGUAACAAAACCACUACCAUUACACACUCCCUCAUAAACAGAAAAAGCUGUCUAACUGCAAGUAAAACAACUCCAACCCCAACCCCUGGUGUGACUCAGACUGAGACUCUUAAACCGACUGCAGACCCAUACCUAGCAAUCGGCGUAGGAGUUGGUGCGGCUCUCCUGGUGGUGGUGACUACUACAGUGGCUGUGGCAGUGUGGUGUCUUGUGAAGAAAAACAGGCCUAAUAGUGAGUCUGUUCCCUCCAGCUGUGGUGAUGAACUGAAAAUUCUUGGUUCUCAGACCAGUAAAGGGUGUGGUGACCCACCAGAGACCCCAGCCCCAACAGCACCAGAGACUGAGACAGAUAACACUCGUCCUGAUGUCCUCCCUCCUCUCUAUGAUGACAUCAAUACCCUCACUAGAGAGAAGAAGGACAAGCCACUAUCAAUGCCUAUGUACCAUGUUUUGGAGGGUCCCACUCUUGUCGAGUCAGCACCAGAGACACAGGAACAGGAGAGUUCAGCGACAGAUAUUCCACUUUACUCUGUGGUGGACAAGAGUAAAAAGAAAAAGAAGGCUACUGUGCCGGCUGAUCCAGUUAGAGAUCAGGAGGAGGAAAGAGAGGAAGAUAUGCCUGACAAACAAGACACUUAGUGUAAUGUGAGAGUCUUCCACAUGAUUUACAACUUUGUAAUCCCAGUCACAAGGUAUCAUCAACUGAACAUCAUCCGCUCCAUUUUUAUUUGUAUCGAUUAUAGAUAGUUCAACUCCACUGGUGUGUGUGUGUGUGUGUGUGUGUGUAGUCUGGUUAGAGACAAUCAUGUGUACCUUGAUCACGUCAGC